GUAACAAACGAUGACGGCCCGCCGUCGAACGAGUCGUCGCCUUAUAUCCUCGCAUUCGUACGCGCUCUGGAAGAAGCUGGACACGAGGUUUCUGUGAUCUUGCCUAGCGAACAAAGAUCAUGGAUUGGCAAGGCACACAUCAUUGGAAAGAACGUACAAGCAACAUACUACUGGCCUGAGACUGAAGAGCAUGGAUCACCAAAGUCACAAGUGUCGAAGCAGGGAAAGCCCUGGGUUCUGGUCAAUUCAACACCAGCCACUUGCUCUCAGCUUGGACUGGCGCAUUGCUUCAAGGACAGAAAACCCAUCGAUCUUGUCGUGUCGGGACCCAACUACGGACGCAACACAACAGCCAUCUUCGCCCUGUCAUCAGGAACCCUCGGUGCUGCUCUUGAAGCGGCUGUCUGUGGAGCAAAGGCAAUUGCUAUCUCAUUCGCCUUCUUCGACCGCUUGAACGACCCCAAGAUAGUCGCACAGAGCUGCAGACAAGGUGUGCGAGUAAUUGAUUACCUGGCCAAGAAUCAGGAAUGGGAUGCUGGUCGUGUCUACACAAUCAAUGUUCCUGUCAAGGAUGGUGUGGAGAAGCAACCCGUAGUGUGGACAGAGAUGUUGCAGAACCAGUGGUCAUCAAGCUCUUGCUUCGACGAGACGCCUGGUGCGGUCGAAGAUGCAGACAGAGAAGAGACUAAACUGAGGAAGCAAGAGAGCAAAGGUGGAGAGCAGAGCGGACAGGGACAAAACGAGACGGAAGAAGACAGCAAAUGGGCACCAAGACACUACAAGUGGGCACCCAAGUUCAAGGAUGUCUAUGAUAGUGUCGAGAGAGCGGGACCUGGCAACGAUGGCUGGGCAGUGCAGCAGGGCCAGACGAGUGUGACAGCACUCAAAGCAAACUUUGCACACGUCCCUGGAUUCAAGGGUGAGAUCAAGCUAUAG